CUGAACGGCUCGCAUAAUUUGCAUACUGGAUCUGCCCUAACCUUCAGUACUGUACAACUAGUUACGAUUACUUCCCCUUACGCAUGUAAUACGGCGUGAAAUGUGAAUGUGGUGGUGGCCUUUGCAGACGUUGUCGGAAAGAAUUUAGAGUUACUGGUAAAGUGCGCAUGUUAAGAUUAAAAUGGACUGGAUUCACUGCAACCACUGUUUUCUACAACCCAAAAUGGAUGGGGAUAUCACAAAUUUUAUAAUCACGAAUUGUGGACACUUAUUUUGUCGUGGCUGCGCAGAGAAAAUGGGAGGAAAAUGUGUCCAGUGUAGCAGCAACUGUCGGACAAUGGCUAUCAGCAGCAACCAUUACGUAAUUAUUAAGCGAAACCAAACCGACAACUUCAGAUGGAUCCCGCGAUUGCCGUGCAUUUCCAUUCGCAAAGCGAACACGUGCAGCGUCUUGCAGCUCUUCAGAAAGAAGCCACCACUCUUCUCGGCAAUCUCACCAAAGCGCAGAUGUUCCAAGACAGCCAGCGACGAAAUCUCAUCAACCACUUGAAGCGCAACGCAGAGGCAUCCAAUGGCGCCGCGGGGCGAGCUGAAGAAAUCCAACAGCUGCAACAACGUAUUGCAUCCGAUAAACAAACGAUUGCCAAGCUUCAACAAGAGCAUGAUCGGCUCAUAACCAUCAUUUCCAAUAGUUUACACCAGCGUCAACCUGGAAGUCAUCCGUCAAAUGAAAUGUCGCCUUCGGUAUCUAUGGUUUCGCUGGCGCCAUCAAACACAUCCAGAGCAUCCAAAUCGUCCGGUGUUGCUGCUGCGCGACCUGGGAGCAUGGUUGCCAGUGGAUCCAGUCAUCGCAGUUCAAUUGUUUUUCAGGUGGAACCCGCUGCGGGCCCCACUCAGGAAGAGUUACAGGAACAACGCAAUAAAGUCGUUUCUCGGAUGCUGAUGCCCAAUUUUAAAAGUAGCGGCGGUGUAAACACUUCACUGCCUGUGCCGAAAGCUAUCGGAACUACAGCAACUCAGGCGCACGCAGCCAAGAUUUUGACGCCCAGCUGGACGAAAAAAGAUCCCCUUCCUGUAUCGGUAAUACCUACCAAAGUGUCGGCAACACUUGGAAACAAAGGGCCGCCCGCGAAAUCUAGUGGAUUGUCUCUUGGUCCUCGCGUCGUUCACGCUGGUACAGCAACCGGUGCCGUUUCAUCUUUACGUCAGUUAGGUACCACCUCACGGGCUACUUCGGGUUACACGAGAAUGAUGCCGACCGGAAAUAAAUACGUUCGGUGAUAAUUUACACGGUGGAUUUUACCACUUACAUGCGCGUAAGAGGAUUCUGUUUUUUUUAUUUGUGUAUUUUUGUGACAUAUGCAACUCUGCACAGUUAUAGGAGUGUAGUUCCAAAAGUGUGAAUUAA